AGAAAAGAGAACUUCGUUACUUAUUAUUUUUAGCUUAUAUUGGGUCAAGAGGGAGGGGUGGGAAGAUGGAGUGGAAGGAAGCAGGAAAACCGAUGAAUGUGGUUUAAGACUAGAAGCUGUGUCAGAAUUUAGUCUUUCCUAAGGCACAAACCGUUUGAAUCUACGGGAUCUGAAAAGUCUCAAAAGCCCUCUAUUAGCACAGAGCAACUUUACCAAGAACAAGUCAAGAAAGCCUUUCAAGAUCAGAAUGACUUUGUGCAGUAGGGCCUAUCUGAGAAGAAAAUCAGACGAAAAUUCAUUAAAGAUGGCACAGACCAGCGGCCUAAUACAAAGAAGCAGAUUUCUUCUCUUAAUGAUUCUAUUUCUGCCACAUGUGAUGACAAGUUCUGUUUUAAGUGUGAAUGGUAAAACUGAAAACUAUAUUCUGGACACUGAGCCUGGCCUCCAAGAAUCUCUGAAAUGUGCUGUUCAAAACCACAUCCGAGAUGAAGAACUUCUCUGGUACCGUGAAGAUGGGAGAGUGGAUUUGAAGUCUGGAAACAAAAUCAACUCCAGCUCUGUGUGUGUCUCGGGCAUCAGUGAAGAUGACCACGGCAUCACCUUUACCUGCAAGCUGCAGAGGAAUCAGUCGGUGUCCAUCUCAGUGGUGCUGAACGUCACUUUUCCUCCUCUCCUAAGUGGAAAUGACUUCCAAACAGCUGAGGAAGGCAGUGAUGUGAAGUUGGUUUGCAAUGUUAAAUCCAACCCCCAGCCUCAAAUGAUGUGGUAUAAAAACAAUGGCAUCUUGAACUUAGAGAACCAUCACCGAAUCCAACAGACAAGCGAGUAUUUUCAAUUGUCGAUCACCAAAGUCAAGAAAUCCGACAAUGGGACUUACAGCUGUAUUGCCAAUUCAUUGAUAGAAACAAAGACCAAGGACUUUCACCUUAUUGUCAAAGAUAAAGGCUCAACUGUACCAAUAGAACCCAUUAUUGCUGCAUGUGUUGUGGUCUUUCUGACCUUGGUCUUUGGAGUGAUUGCCAGAAGAAAAAGAAUAAUGAAGCUCUGCAGAAAGGAUCAAGGCCCUCAGUGCAGAACAGCUCUAUGAGGAAACUGAGAUGCCAUCUAUUACAGCAAGAGUUUUGCAUCAGGACCUCCUUGAUUUAUGCAGUCCCAUCUGUAUUUAUUGAUAUUAUUAAAUUCACUCCUGUCUAAUUGUCA